UUUGAAUCACCUCUUCUCCACUUUGAUUGUUUCCUCUCUAUCUUCGUCGGUCACUUGUCAAGCUCUCAAACAUGAACAUUCGGAAGAAAUCGAAGCUCCACUCGCCGCCGGCGAGAGAUCACCGGCGACUUAGUCUCAAUUCCAGCGAUUCGAGCAAGAUAUCGCUCGUAAAAACCAAAAGAGCUCGCAGGAUCCAGAGAAUGAAACUCCAGACACUGGAUUGCACGUGUCGAACGGAGAUCCACUUCACCGUCGCCGGCGGCGGCGACGAUAUCUCCGGCGAUGGCGACCAGAAGGAGAGCAAGAAAAAGCUGGAAGUAAAUGGCGCCGAUCCAUUGAAGAUAACGGUUAAUCUAUCGUUCGCGUCGACGGCGGAGAAUAACAAUGACGGCGUCGUUUUACAGAGUUUCGGAAGCGAAACGCGCGAGGAAAACGUUUUGGAGGGAUUGGAAGGGGAAAGGAAAUACGGCGUCGUUUCGGUGAUAGGGAGGAGGAGCGAAAUGGAGGACGCGGUGAGAGCGGAGCUAGGGUUUGCGGCGAAAGGGAGUAAAAGGUACGAUUUUUUCGGUGUCUACGACGGCCAUGGCGGGACGUACGUGGCGAGCGCGUGCCGUGAGAGAUUACACGAAGUGGUGGCUUCGGAGAUAGAGCAUAACAAUAGUGAUAAAGAGUUGGAGUGGGAAAAGGUGAUGGAGGGGUGUUUUGGUAAAAUGGACGAGGAGGUGAAGGGCAAUGCGGCGGCGAGGACGGUCGGAGCGACGGCGGUGGUGGCGGUGGUGGAGGAGGGGGAGGUUGUGGUCGCCAACUGUGGGGAUUGUAGAGCCGUCAUGUCAAGGGCUGGUCUUCCUCUUGCCUUGUCUACUGAUCAUAAGCCUGAGAGAGCAGAUGAGCUGGAGAGAAUUGAAGCUGCCGGUGGAAGGGUCAUUAACUGGAAUGGGUACCGAGUACUAGGUGUCCUUUCCACUUCCAGAUCUAUAGGUGAUCAACACCUGAGGCCAUUUGUAAUAUCAAAACCAGAAGUCACAGUAACCAAGCGAACCGAAGAGGAUGAGUUCAUGAUACUAGCUAGCGACGGUUUGUGGGACGUGUUGUCAAAUGAAGUUGCUUGUAAGGUUGUGAAGAAAUGCCUCGAGGGUCAAAUUAGGAGGAGAUUUUCCAAAGAGAUUGCCGUUAAUGAUCGAAACCGCGCAUCUGAAGCCGCCGCAGUGUUAGCCGAACUAGCCACAGCACGGGGCAGCAGAGAUAACAUUAGUGUUAUAGUCGUCGAUCUGAGGAAACCCUAGCAUCAAUUUAUCAUUAUUUUUCUUCUUUUUUUUUUUCUUUGUUUUGUUUUCUAAUCAUGUGUCAGAUCGUUAUAUAAAUAUAUAAUUACAGACGUAUUAUACAGAGUUUUAACGUCAUGCAAUGCGAGUGUAUCCAACGUUGAUCAAUAUUGGAUUUGGACAAAGAUUAGAUGGUAUAUUUUGUUGAUUCAAGGACA